AUGAGUCCAGAAAGAAAUCCAACUACCACACUGGAUGAUACAGAGGAGAACCACAUCAAGUUUAAACCAACUAAUAAAGUUUCCCUUCAUGUUCGUGACCUAACAAUUACUGCAUCUAAAUCUAAGAAAACUCUAAUAAGAGACUUUUCUAUCGAUUUGCCAAGUGGUUCUGUUAUGGCAGUAAUCGGUGGCUCUGGUUCUGGUAAAACUACUUUAUUAAACGUUUUAGCAUCUAAAAUUAGUGGUGGGUUAAGUUAUACAGGUGAUAUUUCAUACAUAGCGGAUAAUAACUCCUCUACAACAUCUAGCAACCCAUACGAGAAAGUAAGUGUGACUUCUGAUACAUUUAGUUUAUCAAGUACUAGCCAAGAAUCAAUAGCAUCUAGUCAUGCAUCAAUGGCAUAUCUUCCACAACAAGAUGUUUUGGCUCCAAAACUAACAUGUAGAGAAACUUUAAUGUAUUCUGCAGAAUUAAAAUUACAACAAUCAAAAGAAGAAAACGCAAAGUUGGUCGAUGAACUUAUAUACGAACUAGGCUUAAUUGACUGUGCAGACACUCUUGUUGGUGAUAGCAGCCAUAGAGGGUUAUCCGGUGGUGAAAAAAGGAGAUUAAGUAUAGGGACACAAAUGAUUUCUAAUCCUUCUUUAAUGUAUCUCGAUGAGCCAACUACGGGACUUGACGCAUAUUCGGCAUUUUUAGUUAUUAAAACAAUCAAAAGGUUAGCCCAAUUUGGUGGAAGAACUUUUAUUAUGUCAAUUCACCAACCUAGGUCUGAUAUCCUAUUCCUCUUCGAUAAACUGUGUAUUCUAUCAAGAGGUAGUAUUGUAUUUUGUGAUGAUACCACAUAUGCAAUUCCUUAUUUUGAGAAAUUAGGAUAUACAGUGCCACAAUUGGUCAACCCCGCUGAUUACUUAAUUGAUAUAUCCAGUGUAGAUUCUAGGAAAGAUGAUUCAAAAAUUCUAACAGAAGACAGACUAGACUUUCUAGUUAAAAGUUGGAAAGAACAUGAACUUUCGACAAACAAAUUUAUAAAAUUUGAUAAAAGCAAUGAAGUAAACGUCAAAACUAUGUCUGCAAGCGUUCCAUAUUUAAAGCAGGUAUCUAUUCUUGUUAGAAGAAACAAUAAACUAUACCGAAACGAUUACGUGACGAUGAUCGCUACAUUUAUGGAACCAUCAAUCAUGGGAACUAUAACGGGGUGGAUCUUUUAUAAAACUGAUAUAAAUACAACAAGUGGGUUGAGAUCUAGAACUUCAUGUUUAUACUCAUCAAUCAUUUUACAAAGUUAUUUAUAUUUAUUGUUCGACACUUAUAGACUAUGUGAGCAAGAUAUUGCAUUGUAUGAUAGGGAAAGAGCGGAAGGUACAGUGACACCUGUAUCAUUUGUAACUGCCAGAAAAAUUUCACUAUUCUUUUCUGAUGAUUUAAUGAUGGUCUUAAUUUUUGUUGUUAUAACUUACUUUAUGUUUGGACUUGAGGCAGAUGCCAAAAAGUUCUUUUUUCACUUUGUUGUCAUAUUUUUAAUUCAAUUAUCAAGUUCUGGAUUAGCAUUAUUGUCUGUUGCAGUUUCACGAGAUUUUUCAAAAGCAUCUCUUGUUGGCAAUUUAAGUUACACACUGCUAUCAUUGGCUUCAGGGUUUUUUGUAAACGCUAAAAAGACACCAGUUUAUGUUCGUUGGACGAAAUAUAUAUCGUUUUCAUGGUUUGGUUUUGGUGCUCUUAUGUCAAACACCUUUACCAACGAAGGUUGUCAUACAGAUAACCUAGACGAAUGUAUUGGUAACGAAUUACUUGAUUCUUACGGAUUUCCACGACAUUGGAAGACAGUUCCAGCUGUAGUUCUGUUAUGUUGGGUUAUUGGAUAUAUGUCUGCCGCUCUUUUUAUGUUUUAUGUUAAAAAAGUUGAUAUCACACUUCAAAAUGAAAUUAAGUCCAAAAAAAAGAAUAUUCUAAAAGAUGACAAGUCAACUAGUGCCAAUACUCUGGGACUCACUGAUGUGAAAAGUGUUCAACAUGAAAAUAGCUUGAUGAGCUUUACAUCAAAGAACGACGAUUUAGAAGCAAAAGGUCUCAAGAAAUCUAAUAUUACAGUGACAUUAAGAAAUAUAAAAUUAUCAGUCACCUAUUUGCAAUUUUUUUCAAAUAUAAAGACUGGUUUAUAUCAUCACCACACAAAAGAAAUCUUAAACUCCAUUAAUGCAACUUUUAAACCAGGUAUGAUUAAUGCUAUUAUGGGUCCCUCUGGUUCAGGCAAAUCUUCCUUACUGAAUCUGAUAUCUGCAAAGCAGAAAUCGUCUAUGUUUGCCACAUUUUCUAAGGAAGGUUCAAUAGCACUAAAUGACAAUGAAAUUUCCGAGGAAAUGUUUAAAAGUUUAUGUGCAUAUGUUUCUCAAGAUGACGAUCAUUUGUUAUCGAAAUUAACUGUCAGAGAAUCAUUCAAGUUUGCGGCAGAUUUACGUCUACACUACAUGUGUUCUGAUGAGAGAGACGAAAAAAUAGACACAUUGAUAAGAGCGUUGGGAUUAACUAAUUGUCAAAAUACAAUUAUCGGUGAUGAAUUUGUUAAAGGUAUAAGUGGUGGUGAAAAACGUAGAGUUUCAAUGGGUAUCCAAUUAUUGAAAGAUCCACCUAUAUUACUUCUCGACGAACCUACAUCAGGGCUUGACAGUUUCACAUCUUUAACAGUUUUAGAAAUCUUAGAACAAUUGAGUGCUGAUUUUGGAAAAACCGUUAUAAUAACUAUCCAUCAACCUAGAGCUGAAUUAUUUAAAAAAUUUGGAAAUGUUUUACUUCUAGCUAAAUCUGGAAGAACUGCUUUUAAUGGUUCUCCAAAGGAAAUGAUCAAUUACUUUAAAAACUUAGGAUACGUAUGUCCCGCAUUCACUAACAUUGCAGACUAUUUCUUAGACAUUAUUUCAUUGAAUAAACAAAAUGAGAAAAACACUGAAAUAUCAACAAAAAGAGUUACUUCGAUAAUCGACAGUUGGAAUAAUCAUUUUAAGGAACUUAAUAUUGAUACUCCACAAAAGGAAAAUAAGGUAAUGGUCGACGAACAAUUCUUAAAUGAAUACGGCGAUGUUAUUAGAGCUCCAUGUAAUAUAGCAGUGGCUUAUUUCGUUAAUGUUAAAAGACAAUUUACAACAACAAGAAGAAAUUUUGAUUCGCUAAUGGCAAGAAUUGCUCAGGUACCAGGUCUAGGUGUGAUUUUUGCAUUAUUUUGGGCUCCUUUGAGAAACACUUAUGCUGGGGUUAACAACAGGUUAGGUUUAGCUCAAGAGUCGACUGCAUUAUAUUUUGUUGGGAUGCUAGCUAAUUUAGCGUGCUACCCUAAGGAGAGAAAUUACUUUUACGAAGAGUACCAUGACGGAGUCUAUGGAAUUGCGCCUUUCUUUUUAGCAUAUAUGACAUUGGAACUUCCAUUAUCAGCUCUUUCAUCAUUAAUAUAUUCUGUAUUUACUGUAAUGGUAUGCGGAUUGCCAAGAACACCUGGUAAUUUUUUCGUCACAGCAUAUUGUUCUUUGGCAAUUGUGUCAUGUGGAGAGGCUUUGGGUAUUAUUACAAACACAUUCUUUGAAAGACCAGGCUUUGUCGUGAAUUGUAUAUCCGUCGUAUUGUCCAUUGGUACUCAGAUGUCUGGUCUUUUGUCAUUGGACCUAUCUAGAGUUCUUAAAGGGUUCAAUUAUCUAAACCCAUUGAAUUACACAUCUUUAGUUAUAAUCAAUUAUGCAUUCCCAUCAGAUUUAACGUUUACCUGCAACGAUGGUGGGAGAUUAGAGGAUGGUACCUGUGAAUUUGCAAAUGGCACAUCUGUUUUGGAAUCCUAUAAUUUGGUAGUAAAUACUAGCCAUUAUCUAGGUAUUAUUGUAUGUGUUGCAUUCAUAUAUCGUACAAUAGCAUACUUAAUAUUAAAGGCCAAAUUAGAAUGGAUCAAAUGGUAA